AUGGGAAGCCUCCUGGGAAGCCUCCAGGACGACUCAUUGUCAGUGUCCGAAGCCAUCCGUGCGCUCGAAGCAGAUCUCCGCAGCCAGGCCCCGAAGACCGGGGCCUCCACCAAUCUCAAGGCGGAUCGUGGUCGACCCGCCACUGGCUGCCGGCGCUGUGAUGUUCUCUCUCGCCAGUUGGAAGCCGUCGCACAAUCCCUGGUCGGCCUCGCCGGCGCGGCCUUCCGAUGGUCGCUGGAAGUCGCUGCAGGUGUCUCGCCUGAGGACCGGGAGAGUCUGUGGAAGGCGAUGAUGACGUACAUGCAGCCUUGUGCUCACGUGGACCAGCGUAUCGCUCUCACCACCGAGGAGUUGCUGAAGGCCGUGGCAAAGGCCCGAUCUCCCGACGAGCUGCUGCGGAGCUUGGCCCCUUCCAAGCAACAGGAGCAGCUCGAAGAAGAGGAGCGUUUGCGGACCCUGCGGGCCGCGGAAGACACGCAGCCCACACAGGCCCAGCAGCGCGAUUCCAAAGUUUCUCGAAGCUCCAAGACGUCGAGGUCGUCCAAGAGCAGCAAAACCAGCAAGAGCUCGCAGAGACGAUCCAGCGGCGAGAGCAAGAGCAGCAGGCCCAGCACCAGCUCGAAAGGUACGAAAUCAAGCAGUGCUAGCCCGGGGAGCUCGA